CUUCUUUAUAAUUUUUUUUUUUUUGUAAUAUUUCCAUUCUAUGAACUUCUCUAUUCGGCUUAGUAGACAUUGCGCCGCCGAAACUUUUUGUGCUACCCUCUUUGUGGCUCUGUUCUUGUCCUGAUUUUCUGUUUCGUUGCUCAACAAGAACACCAGCUUUGUCUACUUGAGAAUUUUCAAGCUGCUUUUAAUUAUCUAAUUUCGUUUUUCUUUCUAUCUGAAAUGGGUAAUUGCUUAGAUUCAUCAGCUAAAGUGGAUAGUACUAGUACCAGCCAUAGCCCACUUGCUAAUUCUGCUUCUUCGGCAUCAAAAGUUUCGAGCAAGACAAGCCGUUCAACGGUUCCUUCAGGACUAAGCACAAACUCUCACAGCACAGGGAGCAGUUUAGGAUCAUUACCAACGCUUAGAACAGAAGGAGAGAUACUCUCAUCACCAAAUCUAAAAGCCUUCUCUUUCAACGAGCUCAAGAACGCAACCAAGAACUUUCGUCCUGAUACUCUACUAGGCGAAGGAGGUUUCGGUUGUGUAUUCAAAGGAUGGAUUGAUGAAACAACUCUUACUGCUUCAAGACCUGGUUCCGGAAUCGUUGUUGCUGUUAAGAAGCUUAAACCUGAAGGUUUCCAAGGUCAUAAAGAGUGGUUGACUGAAGUAAACUAUCUUGGUCAACUUAGUCACCCAAAUCUUGUAUUACUAGUUGGGUAUUGCGCAGAAGGCGAAAACCGGCUUCUUGUGUAUGAAUUCAUGCCUAAAGGAAGCUUGGAGAAUCAUCUUUUUAGACGUGGUGCGCAGCCACUUACCUGGGCUAUAAGGAUGAAAGUGGCAGUAGGUGCAGCUAAAGGGCUUACUUUUCUUCAUGAAGCCAAGUCACAAGUGAUAUACAGAGACUUCAAAGCUGCUAACAUUCUACUCGACUCUGAUUUCAAUGCUAAGCUUUCGGAUUUUGGUUUGGCGAAAGCAGGUCCCACUGGAGAUAAUACACAUGUGUCCACAAAAGUCAUGGGUACUCAGGGAUAUGCAGCUCCUGAAUAUAUAGCCACAGGUAGAUUGACGGCAAAGAGUGAUGUGUACAGCUUCGGAGUGGUAUUACUGGAACUAAUAUCAGGACGACGUGCCAUGGACAAUUCAAAUGGGGGAGUCGAAUAUAGUCUUGUGGACUGGGCAAGACCUUACCUUGACGAUAAGCGAAAGCUUUUUCGCAUAAUGGACACGAAACUAGGCGGCCAAUAUCCACAAAAGGGAGCUUACGCAGCUGCUAGUCUUGCGUUGCAGUGCUUAAACCCCGAGGCAAAGCUCAGGCCGAAAAUGUCUGAGGUUUUAGUCACAUUAGAACAGCUAGAAUCCGCUGCUAAACCUGGAACCAAACACACUCCGACGGUAUCUCCAAGAGCUCGUCAUUCCUCUGCUGUGCAGAAAUCUCCGGUAAGAUAUAGCCAAGAUCGGCCUCUAAUGCACUUAACCCCUCGCGCAUCGCCUUUGCCUUCUUACAAUCAAUCUCCGCGUGUAAGAUGAUAAGUAAAUAGCUCAUACUCUGAGCUUGUAUGUCUAAUAUAUGUAAAAAUGCAGGUUUUGGGAUUCAGGUUAAUCUAUGUAUAAUUGGAGAUGAGUGAAAAGAAAUAUAUUAUACAGAGAAAAACUAUUUACU